AGUGUUUACUUGAAGUCCGGACUUGCCAAGUACGAACUUCCAAGUCCGCGAGUACGUAGUAGGCUACGCGUACUAGGAAUUGAGAAACGGCCAAACAUUUCCCGUGUGAGAAAAGAAAGUUUAAACUUGUUUCAACGAAUCUGCGCAUGUCCAUGACAUUCAUACUGAAACUGAAACAAUGCUGGGGUGUGGUUUACUGUAAACUACCUCGUCUCCGUUACAUGUGUAUGCCUACUAAGUUGUUUAGAUGCAGUAGACUACGUUAACUGCCGUCUAAACUUAAUCUCACUUUUUUUACCCACUUUGCGAAGAAUGGAAUUUUAGCUUGAUCUGAAACUGCGCAAACCUCCUGAUUUUUUAGGGCGAGGGUGACCUGAACAACAGAUAAACGACGAUAGGAAAGAAUAAUAUUGAGAAAGAAAUACUCAAUAUGGAGUCAGGAGCAACGGGACCGUGUCCAACCGACAUGGGAGAGAAUGAUCCAGAAGAAGUGCUGAGACUGAUCCUGAUUGGAAACACGGGGUCUGGGAAGAGCGCCUCAGGGAACACCAUCCUUGGCCAGGCUGGCCAGCGUCCCUUCAAGUCCAUUAGUAGCCCAGCCUCCGUGACACAAGUCUGCCAGCUGGGGACCUCUGGAUACCAUGUUGAGGAGGAGGCGUUGAGGAGGAGGAAGAGCAGUUCAAGCAGGAGGAGCAAGAGGAAGAAGGUGGCGGUGGUGGACAUGCCAGGUUUUGGAGACACACAACAGACCCAGGAACAGAUCAUCACGGAGAUCAGCAAAAGCAUGACCCUGACGGCCCCCGGCCCACACGCCUUCCUCUUGGUGCUCAAGCUGGAAAGCUACAAAGCGGAGGUGAAAAGGGCAGUGGAAAUGAUAGCUGAGGUAUUUGGUGAAGUGGCGCUCCGCGACUACACAGUGGUGCUGUUCGCCAGGGGAGAUGAGCUGGAUGAUCAGAUAGAGGAGUACCUGUCCAGCUCUGAUGACUUAAGGGGUUUGAUUCACAGGUGUGGAGGCAGGUACCACGUAUUCAACAACAAGGAUGAAAGUGAUGUGCAGCAAGUUCCCGAGCUGCUGGAAAAGGUGGAGAAGGUUGUGGAUUUAAACGGUGGAGGGUGUUAUACCAACGCCAUGUACCAGGUGGCAGCAAAGAAGAAAAAAUGCAGUAUCCUUUAGGCCAGGCCAAUGUGUUAAGAUGAAUAAAUAUUAGAACAUCUUCAUUCAUCUAUUGAAUUUUAAAAUAUAUCAAUAAUUGUCAAUCUUAAAGAGCUCCAAUCAGUAACGGUAACAAAUUACAAAAAAAACGAAAAAGUUACUUUUCUUUUUUUAAUCGCAGCCUUUGCGAUUUGCAUAUCGCCUUAUAUUACAUCGUAAUAUCGAUUUGAAAUCGAUUAAUCGUUCACCCCUACUUUAAAGCAUAUGGCCAUUGGGGCCGGAGGGUUUGCGAGGGUCCAGAGGGUUUACGAUCCAGAUUUUUCAAAUGCUUCCCCUCUACCACGACCGCUUCACCUUUACCUCUGCCUGUUGUUUUAUGUAUAUCAGGGUCAUUUGGACCGUGAUAUAUUUUUUGUAUUUUUGAAUAUUGGGGCACUCAGUCUGGUUGAAAAGCGGGGGCAGAACUGCAAAAGGCUCUCGUGCCCUCUUGUAAGGGAAGCAGACGGACGACUAGAUGAAAAGGAGUACAGGGGGGAGUGGAGGAGCGGCUUGACAUCUUGUCUCUCCCCUGUUGCUUAACUUAUCUUUACGUUCCUAGUUUUCACUUCACUUCGAGAUGUGCCUGAUCAUUGGCUUGAGUUAAUAUUCAACAUCAGAUGGGUUCUUGGUUUUACAGUUGAUUCAAUCCUGCAUAAAACUGGCUUCAUAUAUGUUUUUAUUUUCAUGAUUUAUUCACUGGAAAAUAAUCAAUUAAGGAUGUAUUGACUUCACAGUCACAUAUAUAACUUGCAUAUUUUAAAUCAAUAAACAUAUAAUUUCCUGUA